UAAAAAAUAUAUUUACAUUUAAAAUAUACAUAUUAACGCGCUAAAAUAUACGCAUACAUACUUACAUACAAGUAUGUAAGAAUCCAAGCAGAAAAAUUAAAACUGUAAUUUAAUGGAAGUUCAUAAAUAAUUACUAACAAAGUGCAUAUAAACAUCCACAUACAUACAUACAUACGUUUAAGGUAAAAAUACAUAAUGUGCCCGCAAAUAACUGUUCUUAUCACCCGCUAAUGGAAAAAACAGCAUAAAAUCCUUGUGCAACAUAUUAAUCAAAAAAUGUACCUUUAUGCACGCACAUGAAUACACACAUACAUAUAAAAAUUUAUAUUCACCACAAAAAGUUGCAGUUAAAUGGUAAAUGAAAUAUUUAAGUGAAACAAAAACAAAAACAAAAGCGAAUAUAUCAAACUAAAACAGCGCCAUUAACAACUGUGUUUUUUAUCACAUACAAGCACACACACACACAUGCAUAAAAAAUGAAAUCCGUGUAUAAUGUGUACAGAUGUGCAUAAGUGCUUUCGUGAAUGCGUGAACUUCAGUUGUAUGCGUUUAUCACAAAUGUAAAGUCGCAUUAGUGGGCAUAUACACACAUACGCAUAUACUUAUGCAGUGUAAAGCUUCUUGUAUAAUGAAUGUAAACAAAAAACUGCAAGGCAUGCAGUGAGUGACACAGCCCGUACACUUUGCGCUGACACUUGCACUUGCGCACUCUUGCAGAGAUACGCACAUGCAUACACAAACAUGUACGAAUAAGUGGAAGUGCGUGAAAAAGUGAGUGAAGACAAAAGAAAAUAUUUACAAUUUUUAAGUUUUUGUGAUUUUCGUUACCUAAUACGAACUUCUACGGUUUUGAGUGAAUUUUCACGUGACAUGAAGUGUGCAUAUGUCAACAAAAUAUGGAAUGCAGCCAUUUUUCCACACUCAAUAAAACGAAUUUAUGCAUUUAGUACUUAAAUUGCGCUGAAAAUAAAUUGAACUCGUUAUAUUUAACAGAUCUGAGUUAACAGAGGCGCUCACGCAACGCGUAGAUUCAUUAAUGUAAUGGUUUUACUCAAAAAAAAUCAACAACAAUAAAUUUACCAUUUGAAUUAUUGCCACCUGAGACUAAAAGAAGUGAAAUACGAAGCGUCAGUGAAUCGUAUAUGACAACACGAAUCACUCAAGUAGUGCAGGAUUUGCAGUUGAGACACUAAAUGGAACAGGAUGAGAAACAUAUUUGAAUAAAAAGUUCGAAAAUUUUUAAAAAUUUGAAAUUAAAUUUUUUUAAAUUUAAUAUUUGAAUAACAUUUGCUGACUUUUAAUUCAGUCAGGUUAUAAUAAAGAAGUUUAAAAUCGCGGAAAUCGACGUUAAAAUAACUUUGUAAUAAUAUACUUAUGUGUAUAUUGUCAGCAGAUACAAAUACAAUAUCAAAAUAUUAAUAUAUACAUACAUAUGUAUGUAUAUGUGUGCACUCACGAUCAUUCAUGCAAGCGCAGUAGGCAUACAAAUACAGGGUGCCAACCCUCCCAUUGCUAAAAAUAUACAUAUGCACAUAACAAAUACAAAUGCAAGAAAUAAUCAUGCGAACAUUAUGGACCAACAGUAAGAAGAACUUUGUGAAUACUGCAAGUUUCAUGGCUCACGAAGGACUCACGAGGACUGUGUAAAACGCAGAAAGAAGAAAAAUUCCUCGCUAACCCAAUUUGCACACUCAAUUUAAUAGAAAAUUUUCAUAUGAAUAUCAAAAAACGUUACACUAAAUAAUACUCACGAAGUAAACGUGAAACAAGCGCUUAGAUUAGUCGGAACACCACAAAUUGACUGAAAAAAAACGAAAUUAACGCACAUAAAUGCACAUAAAAUCAAUUUCACGCAUUGUAAUGCAGCAUUUUUAUGAGAAUAGUGAAAAAAGUUGACCCUUGAAAUACUCCCGAAUUUUAAAGAGCACGAAAAGUCACUCACUGAACAAUAAAUAUACAUACAUAUAUACGUAGUAGAUUAAAAAAGUAAAGAAAAAAAGAACACCAACUAACGCAUUUUAACAAAACGCACAAAACACGGAGGGAAUAUGCUGCAUGCAACCCUGCGCUUAAAGUGGAAGGAAACAAACCACAAAACUAACUAAAAUUUAGAAUAAAAUCAAAGCAAUAGCAGCACCACAACAACAGUAUACAAGCAACACCAAAAAGACUUUUUAAUCGCGAAGUUCAAACCGCGCGCGUCAGUUGAAACCUUCAUCCACAUACAAAAACCAACCAACAACGCAUUUAAAUGUUGCCCAUCGACUCGACACUCGCAGCCAGCUCUGCCAAAGUGUCGCAUAGCUCACCGCCCUAUACGCUGCGCUGCCGACCGUCACGCAAUGCCAGCAACGUCGUGUUGAUCACGCAACAACAGCCGGACAACAACAAGUGUGGCGCCGGACGCACGUCGGACGAUGCCGCCAAUGUCAGCACCACUUCGGUGCAUGUGCACAGUGGCAAUGGCAACAAUAACCUCCGUGCAACAGGUGUCACGACAUUGAGCAAUGACAAUCCGGGCGGCGGCGGCGGCAAUGCCAAUAACAGCAGCAGCAGCAGCGUACAUUCAGCAACGAGUUUUCGCAACAAAAUGCCAUCGAUCUCAAUUAUACCGUUGCCGGUUAGCGGCGCAGCGGCCACCAUCGCCAGCUGUAGCGGCACAACGACGAGUACGAGUGUGGUGCGCACCGUGACCACCUCGAAUAAGGCCACGUCGCCGCCGCCGCUUUUCAAUUCACCGCCAAGAAGCAAUAACAGCGGCAGCAGUGGCUUGCAGCCGCAACGUCCACUGUUGCAGCACCAGUAUCAGCAGACGGACAAGUGCACCAUAUUGAAAUUCGAUGUGGUGCGUAAGCCAACUGUCGCUGCGACAGCGGUCGAGCAAUUAUCGCGUAACGUAAUUGCAACGGCGCCGAAAGCGCAAACGACCGCCACUUCAACGGUGACGAGUGGCAUGGCGUUUUCGGCCACGAGUGUUGCAAGUCGCCAACAACAGUUGCAGGCAUUGCAGCAAUCCAUUUUCGAUCAUGAGAUGUCCGAUGACGCCGAAGCGGAUGCGGAAAUUGCUGCGCUGCAUCAACAGGUGCUGAGUGGCAACACAGCAAGCACUCUGGCUACGGGCAGUCAGCCCAUUAUCGUAAAGAUUGAGCCAGCGCAGUCAUUUCACAUCGUCGAUGAAUCGGAUACGCGUGUGCUGAGCUUGCCACUCUCGGAUGCGGAUAAGGUUGGUGCGAGUUGGAUUGAUCUGAAGGAUAUUGCCGGCUUGCAGACCACUUCGGCCACACUGGUGGACGUGUGUUUCGAUUCACCGCCCGGAUUGCUGCCGGUCAGCACGAAUACGUCCACUACCACAGCCGAAGCAGUGGUGCAGACGGUCGUUGAGUCGGGCGGCAUUAGUCAUAUACAAGGCGCUAAGAAGCGUCAGUUGGUUGUUAAGCAAAUAUCGGUGGAGCAACCGGCAACAGCGGCAACUAUUAUUGAGACUGUAAUCACACCUGCUACGGUUGUAACGGCCACGGCUACGGCUACGACAUCGACAGCAUCCGGAACGUCUACGGUGUCGCGUUUCAAUGCGAAUGAACGUGCACAACAGCAGCAACAAUCACAGCAGCAAUCGCAACAACAGCAAUUGCAGCAGCAGCAGCAACUUCAGAAUAAAGGUACCACGGCAGCGGGUACUGCAUUAACACCGUCCUCAUCAACUGGACUGAAUGUCGGUGGAGCCAUGACAGCUCAAAUUGAAAUAAUUCCAUGCAAAGUCUGUGGCGACAAGUCAUCUGGCGUACAUUAUGGCGUUAUAACAUGUGAAGGUUGUAAAGGUUUUUUUCGCCGGUCACAAAGUUCUGUAGUGAAUUAUCAGUGUCCUCGCAAUAAACAAUGUGUUGUCGACCGUGUCAAUCGCAAUCGGUGUCAAUACUGUAGACUGCAAAAGUGCCUACAAUUGGGAAUGAGUCGUGAUGCUGUAAAAUUCGGUAGAAUGUCGAAGAAACAGCGUGAGAAAGUGGAGGAAGAGGUGAAGUUUCACAAGGCGCAGUUGCGAGCACAGAGUGACGCGGCGCCGGAUAGCUCAGUUUUCGACACACAAACACCUUCGAGUAGCGAUCAGCUGCACCAUAAUUACAAUGGCUAUGGCGGCUACUCCAGCAAUGAAGUGAGCAGUCCCUACGGUUAUGGCUACUCGACAUCGGUAACACCGCAACAGACGAUGGCCUAUGAUAUAUCUGCGGAUUACGUCGACAGCACCACGUAUGAGCCGCGUGGCACGAUAAUGGAUCCGGACUUCGUCAGUCAUGCUGAUGGCGACAUCAAUGAUGUUCUUAUAAAAACCUUAGCCGAGGCACACGCCAACACAAGCACCAAACUCGAAGCCGUACACGAUAUGUUCCGGAAGUCUCAGGAUAUUUCGAGGAUACUCUACUACAAGAAUCUGGGCCAGGAGGAGCUGUGGCUAGACUGCGCUGAAAAGCUAACACAAAUGAUACAAAACAUAAUCGAAUUUGCGAAACUGAUACCCGGAUUUAUGCGAUUAAGUCAGGAUGAUCAGAUUCUGCUACUGAAAACUGGAUCAUUCGAACUGGCCAUCGUGCGAAUGUCGCGAUUGCUCGAUCUCUCACAGAAUGCGGUACUCUAUGGUGAUGUGAUGCUGCCGCAGGAAGCGUUCUACACAUCCGAUUCGGACGAAAUGCGUCUGGUAUCGCGAAUCUUUCAAACGGCUAAAUCAAUAGCCGAACUGAAACUGACUGAAACGGAGUUGGCGCUGUAUCAAAGUUUAGUGCUGCUCUGGCCAGAACGAAAUGGCGUGCGCGGUAAUACAGAAAUCCAGAGGCUUUUCAAUUUAAGCAUGAAUGCAAUAAGCCAGGAGGUUAAAGCGAACCAUGCGCCCUUAAAGGGCGAUGUGACUGUUUUAGAUACAUUGUUAAACAAUAUACCGAAUUUCCGCGAUAUCUCCAUAAUGCAUAUGGAAGCACUGAGCAAAUUUAAGCAACAACACCCGAACGUCGUCUUUCCGGCGCUAUACAAAGAACUGUUCUCAAUAGAUUCGCCGCAGGAUCUCACAUAACAUCAAGAAAACUAUGUGGAGACUACGAACGCAAUCGAUGCACCGGACACCCUAGAUGCGUUAACGUAGAAACAAAGAAUUACCCGAUGACUGUUGGCAGAGUUGGCGAUGAGGAAGGAGAUGCGGACUUGAAAGCGAUGACGAUGACGGUGUCGGUGACGGUGAUGGCAAGUAGUGCAUGCAAUGCAUGAAACUGAUUGCUGCUGCAAUGACUUUACGUUAGAACAAGCUGUAACAACAACAACAAACACAUACGAAACCAACAACAACACAAGCAAUUUUAUUGAAACAACAGCCAACUGCAAGCAGACAGUCAGAUGACCAACAAGCGUCCGAAGUUCUGUUUAACGGAACUUAAAGUGACAACAACAAACAAUGUAUUCUCAGUUUAUUCACUGUUAAAAUAUAGCGUAACAAAAACAAAAACAAAAACACACUAAACAAGCAAAAGAAAUAGUAAAUCAUAGUGCAGAACAAAAGAAACAAAAGGUUUAUAUAACUAAUUAAUUCAAGCCACACAUAAUAAGCAGUAACAAACAAUAACAAAAACAAAACAAAAAACCAAGAAAAAAUUAAGCAAAUAUUAAGCAGCAAAUUAAGUUUAAGGAUAUUUAUACAGAAUUUAAAUAGUAACAGAAAAAAUACAUAUACAUAUAUACAUAGACAAACCAAAAUGCCGAAUGCACACACACAUACAAACACACACGAAUUCAUAAGCAAACCACACAAACCACAAUCACACCUCUCAACAUUUGCAUACAAAAGAAAAGAGAAAAAGUAAAAAUAAACGCAAAAUAAAACGCAAUAACUACAAGAUACCGUACAUUAUAUCACAUUGUUAUAACAAAAGAAAAAAUAAAACUAAAUACUAAUUAUUCAGAAUCAUUCUAAGUAAAACGCGCAGCAGAAACACAGGAAAAUUAAAGCAGCAUUUAAGCCACAAAAAUAGGCGAACAUAAAGUAAGACAAAUAAAACAAAACUACGGAUACAUACUAACAGUUAUAGUCACACACACACACACACAAAUACACAACUUCACUUUCACCUAGAAACAAGAAGAAAAUCUCGAAAAACUAAACUUUCAACUUCAAAAACUAAAAUACAAAAACGUUGCCAAUCUAACGCAAACUUAUUCAGCCCUUAACAAAAAAACAAAAGCAAAAAAGCUAAACGAAAACUCUAUAUACUACGUAGUUGAUGCCUGGCGCAAUCGGCGAAACCCAAGCAAACGCAAACAAUUUAUUUCGUUCAACUCGAACCAGCACAAAUUUUUCCAAAAGAUAUAAAAAAAAAAUAUUAAUUAAAAUUAGAAGGUAUAUAACUUGCGAAUAUUAUUGAAAAGACUUUUGCAAAUCGACAAGCAUACACACACACACAUACAUCAUUAAAAGCAAACGAGUGCUCACGGCCGAAAACCUAACCUUUGCAUUGAUUGUUGAAAAAAAUAGUGAAAAAAGUUGAAAAGUGGCAGAUUUUCGUAAUACAUCUCGUAAGCAAGCAUAUUUUAUAGACCGACUGUCAGCACAGUGCAAAAAUAUGUGUGAGCUAUUUUUAGGCGCCAUUUUAGUUGCAGCACUGCUAAUUAACAGCCUUGCUGUAAACUCAUGCAUAUGCUUUAACAUUUUCUGUUGAAAUGUUAUUGAUACCAAUUGCUUUUUUAUUCGUUAUUGUUAUGUUUUAGUUUUCUGUAAAAUUUUGUUUAACUAGUUAAUAUCUUAAUUUGCUAUUUUCAACACCUUUACUACAGAAUUCUAAAGAAUGUUAAUUAACAUUCUCAGCUUUUGCAUAGGCUCAUCCGUAAAUGUUAAUAACAUGCUGUUGUGCUACAUAAGCAAAUGCGCUGCAAUGCAAGGUUUUUUUUAUUUGUUGACUUGUGUUGUUUUUGUAUACCUCCUGCCGAGGAUAAUGCUUUUAAUAGGAAGAGAAGUACGCAAAGAGAUCCACCUACAAUCAUAUAUAGGAGAUAUGAGGCUCUUUGCACAUAUACAUAUAUCCAUACACAUAAAUGAGAAUUUAUUUUGCUGUAGCUUUGAAAUUUAGAGAAAAUUUAAAUAUUAAAGUUUUUUUGCUGAAUUUCCCUGCUGUUGCUGUUGUGCUGCAUGCUCACGAUCGUUCCCACAUCAGUCGGAUCCAUAUAAGCGGAACGAAGCCGGAUUUUUAUCGGACCAAAGUCGGUCCUCGAAAUUUUCUGAGAAGGUUAACUACCUGUACCUCUAAAAGGCAUCAACGACCGACUCGGUGUAUAUAAUUAGUACUUUUCUGAAAAUUUCCAAGAGAAAUUUAUCAUUUCAAUACAAGACUGUACAAAUUUUAAGGGUACAUCUAGGUGAAUGCGAUUUUUGGGAAUUAGAAAUCGAUUAGAUCAAAAAAUUGGAAGGUCAUUUUAUGUAGACCACGCGGUAACAUAUGAUAGUGAUCGAGUCAUCUGCCUCCAAGUAAUUUCUCAAGCAAAUUUGAAUGAAGUAUUUCUGAGAAAAACGAGUUUAAAAAUAAGCUCAGCUUCAGAACGCAAGAACGUUAAGACUAGAUAAUGAAAAAAAAACAACCAUAACAAUCCAUCGAUCCAUAAUAAUCGAUCUUUAGUGGCCAGUUUAAAGCAGAGCAAAGCUGUAAAAGGAAUAAUUGCUGGGUAGUUAUUUUUUUAAAUUUUAAUCGCGGGAGCCUCGCUAAUAGUAUAUAAUGAAGAGCUUGAGCGUUAUUUAAAGGUUGUGGCUCUCACUAUUUCUAUCUCCUCCUCCUUUUGUUUUUGAAAACAACUACAAAGUUGACAGAGUGAGAGUUGUUUCUGCAAAGCUGAAAGCACCGGCAUCGCCCAAUUGUGUUCAUAAGUAUAGUUCACGUCUUUGUCUAUCGAACGAGCAAAACGUAUAUAUAUAUAUUUAUAUAGAUAUUCCGAUUUGAUAUACAAAGUUUAUUUUAAUUUUGUAAUACGUUUUAUGAAAAUUACAAAAAAAAAUAGCUGAGAUAUUUUACACCAGCUUAUAGUGUUCAAAAAACUAGUGAAAAAACGCAUAAAUUUGUAUUCGCUGUUUUAUACUAUAUUUUGUUUAAGCAUAUACAUACAUAUGUGCAUUGUCAGUGUGUACGUGUAGUAUGUAAAUUUUAAGCGUUCUACUUACAUAGUUUUACAUUUUAAUUACGUUUUUAUUGUUUUCAUUCUUAUAAUUAUUUCAAUUUGUUUUUUAUUUUUUUUUAAAUGCUGCGCGUCAAAGGUAUUUAUGGCGGCGUUCAGCAAUUUGCUAUAUACGAAAAUGAGAUAUACGAUUUUACACCACAUUUGUGUUCAGCCGGCGUAGAGCUUUGCAGGAGCACUUUUGCAGACACAGCUUACUUCUUUUUACUUUUGUUGAAAAUAUUUUUGCUUUGACUUGAGCGUCUCACUCUUAACACGAAAGUAGUUUGCGGAAUGUACUUAUCGUAUAUAUUUGUUUUAUUUUUUUUUAAUUAUAAUAUAAUUUUUUUUGGGUGAGAUAUCUUCGCGUUACUAGCAGUUUGAAUACUUUGUAUAUUCCAUUAUUGUGCAGAACGACUUCGUUUAUGCUUUUAAUCUGGCCUUAUUGUUUAAAGUCUGCUUACGUUUAGAUUGAAAACGAUUCUAAAAACCUUUCACAGUUCGAAAUAGCUUUCAUAGUCUAAACAAGCUUAUUAUACAAAAGUUUUAAGCGAUUUUUUAAAGCUUUUACUUGUCAAAUUAGCUUUCAUAGGUAGGACAAGCUUUUUGCACCAAAGUAAGCUUUAAAUUUUUAAGAGGCUUUUACAGUUCACACAAGUUUUGGAACAAAAAUAAGCCUUUUAUACGUAAGGGAACUUCAAAAGUAAGCUUUACAUUUUUAAGAGCUUUCACAGUUCCAACAAGCUUUUGAAAUGAAAAAAAGCCUGAAAUUUAAAAAUGUUUCACUUGUUAAUUUGGCUUUCACAAGCUUUUGAUACAAACGUGCAAAGCGCUUUUUAAAAGCUUUCAUUUGUUAAGUUAGUUUUCACUUUUAGCACAAAAGUAAGCUUUAAAAUUACAGGAAGCUUUUUCAAAUUAGUUUUCAUUUUGAACAAAUUUUUGAAAUAAAAAUAAGCAUAAAAAGCUUUCACUUGUCAAUUCAACUUUCAAAGUUCGGACAAGCUUUUUACACGAACAUCCAAAGCGGUUUUUAAGAGCUUUCAUUUGUUAAGUUAGUUUCAAGUUUAAACAUAAAGGUAAGCUUUAAAGUUUCGAGAAGCUUUUUUGAGAAGGUUUUUCGAAAUAGCUUUGAAUUAGAACAAAUUUAUUACACAAAAAUAAGCCUUACAAUUUAAAAAGCUUUUACUUGUCAAUUCAGCUGUCAUAGUUCGGGCAAGCUUUUCACGCUUAUGUCCACAAGGGUUCUAAGAGCUUUCAUUUGUUAAGUUAUUAUUCACUUUUAACACAAAAGUAAACUCUAAAAUUUAAAAAAAGCUUUUUCUAAUUUUUAGUUUUUGCCACAAAAAUAACCCUAACAUUUUAGAAAGGUUCCACUUAUCAAUUCAGCUUUCAUAGUUCAGACAAGCUUUUCACACGAAUGUUCAACACGGUUUUUAAGAACUUUAAUUAGUUAACUGAGCUUUCACAAGAUAUUCUUCUAAUGGAUUAUGUUUGUUACUAACUAACUUUAUGCUUUCUAUUUGCAUACUCGUAUACAUAGAAUAACAUUGGAAUUAAAAGACCCAGAAAGAGCCUUUAUAAAGUUGAGCCGACGGCUGAUUAGCUUUUUUGUUACGAAGUACGAGUUGUCACUAAAAAAAUUUAAAAUUUUCCUUUAAUCGAUUUCGUCGUAGAUUUGAGACGCGUUUUCAUACUGAAGUUGACUUCAUAUUUAGGAGACUUAAAGCGAUAUUUAGGAGACACUCCAACAGCAGCAUGCAUCUACCGUUAGGCCACACUCGUACCACACACACCCACACAUACACAUACGCAUAUUUCUAUGCACUUUUCAGUAGCCCAAAAGCAAACGGAAAAUCAUAACCUAACCUCUCCUCACCAUCAUUACCACUACCAAUAACAACAACCAUAAGCAAUUAGUGCAGUAUCAUAGACGAAGAGAUACGAGAAUUCGUUGUAAGCAAAAAGAAAAAAUAUAUACAUAUAUAAAUAAAUAAAGAAACCAACAAAAAAAACAACACUUGGAGGACGGUGAUAAUUAGUGUGUCUUAAACAAAAAAAAAAUUAUACAUAAAUUCUUUUCUAUUUUUUAUUAAUACAUAUUACAUAAUAUAAUUGCGAUUAUGAUGACUUUACUUACGAUUGAUUUUUGAGCCGAUUCCGAGAAGCGUAACUAAAUUAAAGAUAAAAUUCAAAAGCAAACUGAUAAAAUUAAUGAAAUUGUAUGAAAGAGCGCAUUGAGAAAACAAAAACAAAAUAAAAUUUCGUUUUAUGUUUUUUGCCUUAAAAAUUAGUUGGAAACACAAUGAUAUACUAAAACAUAAAUGCAUUAUAUAUAUACAAGUAUAUAUAUAUAUAUAUAUAAAUGAAUAAAAAGCGAAUACACGUACAUUUAUGCAAUACGAGUACACACACAUACAAGCAACACACAUGCAUAUAUACACAGGAUACAUACUUAUAUACAAGCGAAGAGUGUGGAAAGUGGCAAAGAAUUAGUAAUAUGCAGAAGAAAUGAAAAUGAAAAUGAAAAGGAAAUAUUUACAUACAUGUGUAUAAAACAAAAUCUAACGUUAUACAUACAUACAUAUAAAUUAUAUUACUGUUAAACGUAAACUGUAAGUUUUUAUUGCAACUAGUGAAAUGGUUAAUUUUUUUUUAUUAUUAUUAUUAUAAUAUUACUAUUAUUAUUAUUAAUAUUAUGAUUAUUAUCAACAUUAUUAUUAAUUAAAAUUAGUUAAUAUUUAUACAUAUAUAUAUCUACAUAUAUAUAUAUACAUACUCUAAAGCGGUAAAAUAAAAAGUAUGUUAUUUAAGUAGCGGAACUACGGUACACAUGUCGAAAAUAAUUGCAUACAUAUUAUGGUAAAAAGUAGUAAAAAAUAAUUACAAAAAAAAAAAAA